AUGCCUCAGCUAUGCAGGCCACACAACUUAGUGCUUAUAAAAUCACACUAUAUUUCCACAACUAAAAUCCGGAGAAUUCUUAAUACCCAGGCUGUUGCUGCAGCUAAGAAACAACACGCUAAGGAGCUUCGAGAGGCCGCCAAGUUACUUAAGAAGGAAGCUAAAAUAGAUAAAGAUGAGAAUAAUGCUAAUGCAAUUGCUAAGAUAGCCGUUGAUGAAGCUAUAUCAGCAUGGCAGCAUGCCUGCGUGCAUGUGGCCUCCCUACAGAACUCAACACAGAACUCAACACAGAAUGCAGGGGCUGAUGAGAUGGAAAUUGAUCAAUUCGAUGAACAAUUCGAUGAACAAUUUGAUGAGGAAUUUGAUGAGGAAAUGGAUGAGGAAAUUGAUGAGGAUGGGGAAAUGGAUGGGAAUCGCGUGCUGGAGAGUGUUGAGGAGGGCUACUAUUAAGUGAACAAAGUGAUAUUAUAGGUGAACGAGUUGGAACAAGUCUUAACACCAUGUUACAGCUUGUAUAGAUAGAUGUUGUAUCAAUU